GCCGCUCUCGCGAGAGCUGCGCGCUGCUGGAGGGCUGCGCCGCAGUGCCGGCGUUUCCCUGGCAAAGGACGCCGCGGACCCUCGUGCCCAGAGCCGGGCGGGCUGCGAGGCGGCUGCUCUCCGCCAAUGAGUGUCGGUGCCUACGCUGGAGAUUUAAAUAAUGCUUUGGAGCACUGCUGAGAGCACGCGAGGCUUUGGCAAGACGGGAAAGACCAUCAAAGAGGAUGAACAAGCUGCAGAGAUUGCUUCAGAGCAAGAACCUGAUCCUGACAGUGUGUGCUGCUGGGAUUGGAGGCACUUUCCAGUACGGUUACAACAUCUCCAUCAUCAAUGCUCCAACUUUAUACAUCCAGACGUUCAUGAACAAAACAUGGUUGGAACGCACAGGUGCUCCCCUGGGGAGUGGCAUGGUCCUGCUGCUGUGGUCCUUCACCGUGUCCGUGUUCCCCCUGGGAGGCCUUGCAGGGGCUGUUGCUGCUGGCCCCAUGGCCAUUGUGUUGGGAAGGAAGAGGUCCCUGCUGGUUAACAACCUCUUUGUGAUCGUAGCCGCCGUCUUGUCAGGAUUCAGCCAGAUGGCGAAAUCCUUCGAAAUGAUUAUGCUCAGCAGGUUCCUUACUGGUGUGAAUGCAGGUGUAAGCAUGAACAUUCAGCCCAUGUAUCUGGCAGAGAGUGCCCCAAGGAAGCUCCGAGGGGCUGUGGCCUUGACCUCUGCAUCCUUUACAGCCCUGGGACUGGUGCUGGGCCAGGUUGUUGGACUCAGGGAGCUUCUAGGAGGGGAGGAAAGCUGGCCACUCCUUUUAGCCAGCAAUGCUGUGCCUGCCCUAAUCCAGCUCAUGGUUCUGCCGUGGUUUCCUGAAAGUCCCAGAUACCUCUUGAUUGACCGUGGAGACAGAGAGUCCUGCAUCUCUGCACUGAAAAAGCUCAGAGGCAGCAGUGACCUGGGAGAGGAGCUGGAGGAGAUGCUAGCUGAACAGGCUGCUGCCAAAGGUCAGAGAGCGAAGAAGCCCUGGGAGCUGUUCCGAAACCCAGCAGUGAGGUGGCAGCUGAUAAGCAUCAUCGUGCUGAGCAGUGCCAUGCAGCUCUGCGGGAACGAUUCGAUGUACUUUUAUGCAGCUUAUGUGUUCCAGGAGGCUGGAAUUCCUCAGGACACAAUCCCGUAUGUUGUCAUCGGCACAGGGAGCUGUGAACUGAUCACGUCUGUAACUUGUAACAUGAUUAUAGACUACGCUGGCCGGAGGCCACUGCUGCUGGGAGGAUACAUCCUGAUGGCAGGAUGGGCCACCGUCUUCAUGGUCGCUCUGAGCCAGCAGACUCAGAUUAGCUGGAUGCCUUAUCUCAGCAUGGCCUGCAUUUUCGCCUAUAUCCUGAGCUUUGGAAUUGGACCAGCUGGUGUAACAGGAGUUCUGCCCACAGAGAUAUUUGAUCAGAUGUCCCGACCAGCUGCUUACAUGAUCUGCGGGUCUCUGCUCUGGUUCAAUCUCUUUCUGGUUGGAACAGCGUUUCCAUUCAUUGUGAAAAAUCUAGCACAUUUCUGCUAUGUCCCAUUCCUUGUGGUUUGCAUCUGCACUGCUCUCUACAUUUGGUUCUUCCUUCCUGAGACCAAAGGAAAAUCCUUCCUGGAAAUCUCAGAGGAAUUCAGGAAACGGAACUUCAGAGCUCAGAAUCAUGAAGCUUUCUAUAAAGGUCCUGAGGAGAUCAUGUCCACCACGUUGUACUGGUAUAUCAGAGAAAUGCCCGACAGCAGCAUGAUACAGCAAGACAAGAAACCUGACUACUUUGCUCAGGGAUCUUUCUAUGCUGAUUUUUCUUCCUACCAGAAAAUGAGCUGCAAACUCUUCCUCCUGGCUUUUGUCCUGGGCAUUGGUGGAACUUUCCAGUAUGGGUUGCAGAUCUCCAUUAUCAACUCUCCUGCCGAGUACAUCAAAAGUUUCAUACGUGAGACCUGGCUGAAGAGAUAUGGAUCUUCUCCCAGUGAAGAGAUAAUUACUUUGUUGUGGUCCUUCGUUGUAUCCAUUUACACCAUUGGUGGGCUCCUGGGCUCCAUGUCUGUCAGAUACAUGUCUGUUAAAUUUGGAAGGAAGAAGUCCAUGCUGCUUGCCAACAUCCCUGCUCUGUUGAGCGCAACUCUCAUGGCACUCAGUCGGCUGUCUGGGUCCUUUGAGAUGAUCAUCAUUGGGAGAUUAUUUGCUGGAGUGUGUGCAGGUUUAGGUCUGAAUAUCCAUAUCAUGUAUGCGGGGGAAUGCGCCCCACAGAAGCUGCGUGGGGUGAUUGCCAUAACUGCUUCCACUGCCAUCGCCGUGGGAAAGUUUGCAGGAUUUGCUCUGGGUCUCAGAGAAGUCCUGGGAGUAGAAGCACUAUGGCCCAUUCUCAUGGCAGCAAACGCAAUUCCUGCCCUCAUUCAGCUGCUCACCCUCCCCUUCUUCCCAGACUCUCCCCGCUACCUGCUCAUCGACAAAAAGGACAAGGAGGGUUGCAUCAAAGCUGUGAAGCAGCUCUGGGGGGACGGUGACCACAUGGCCGAAGUGGAUGACAUGAUUGCAGAGCAAGAAGCCAUCCGUGGGGAGAAAUCUAAGAGUGUUUGUGAUCUUAUUCGUGACAAAUCUGUCCGUUGGCAGUUCAUCACUCUCUUUCUUGUCUCUUCAUGCAUGCAGUUAAUUGGAGUCAAUGUGGUUUACUUUUAUGCAUACAACGUCUUCUUAAAAGUUGGACUCUCCCCUGCCCAAACCCGCUAUGUCUCCCUGGGAGUUGGGAUCACUGAGAUCCUCACCACAGCUCUGUGUGUAAGUGGAUCUUCAGCUGAAUUUCAUUCUGCUGCAGUGCCUGUUUCAUUUCAACCUUUAGAAACUACUGCAAAUGGAGAUCCAGCAAUCAGCUCCCUUCAGCGAACCAACAGGAGUACUUUGCAGCUGCUGAGCAGCUUGUCCACUCCUGUGAGACCUGUCCUGAGCGCUGAUAGCAGGUGCUCCUGUUUGCAGGGCUUCCUUGUGGACCGUGCUGGGAGGAAGGCACUGCUCUGGAAAACCCACACUGCUAUGGCCUUGGCCUUAGGACUUCUCACUGUCACGCUUGCUCUACAGGAUUCUUUCUCCUGGAUACCAUAUUGCUCCGCUGCACUCAUUUUUAUCUUCAUCAUGAGCUUCGGUCUUGGGCCAGCUGGAGUAUUAUGCCCCCUACCCACAGAAAUAUUUAUUCAGUCAUACAGACCAGCCGCUUAUGCUUUUAAUGGUGCUACAAACUGGAUCCAGCUCUUCUUUCUUGGACUUUUGUUCCCUUUCAUUGUGGAAGGCCUUGGUAGUUUUUGUUUCAUCAUUUUCCUGGCAUACUGUCUGUCCAUGGCUAUCUUUGUCUACCUGGUAGUGCCGGAGACCAAAGGAAAGAGCAUGCUGCAGAUCAUGGAGGAGUUCAACCGCCUGAACUACCGCAGAAAGAAGGGACAGGCAGCCCUACACCAGAAUAACUGCUCACUGACAACUGUUACUAGACUUUAGUAACAAACUCCACUCCUUAUUCUGUUCUUUUAUUACUGUGGGCCCAGAAGCCUCACUAAACAAAAAAGAUUCUAUUGUUCCCAGACAGUACAAAUGUGUAUUAAAAAAGUAGUGGCCUGCUGUGCAGGGUGCAGGAUGACCUUGGUGGGUCUCUCCAACUGCUG